GUCAUCAGCUAGAUACAAGGGUCCUACAUUCAUAUAUUUUCGAAUUUCUCACCAGUACUGAUUUUGCUUGCUUGCAUAGCCAACAGGGCAGGCAGUGACGGUCCCACAAGGGCGGCUGGUAUCAGAAUGCGGUAGACCAAUUAAUGUGAAUGUUGCGAUAACCGCCUUAACUCCAAUAACCCGAUGCUAGACUGGUUAUACGGAUUUCCAUCUGCAGUCGAGAAGCUCACGAACUUGCAAUCUGCAUGUGUUGUAGAAGACAUCACACACCCAUUUUGGUCUACCUUUGAAAAGAAAGUUAUGAUCACGCCAUCAGAAUGGAGGGAUGAGAGAGAUCGUGACCUUAUCGAGGAGUAUUAUCCGUGGGACUAUCAUCUACGAUGGCUGGAAGGCGUCCCGCAGCUCUCUUGGCUACUCUCCUGUCUGGUGAGCGCGGGUCUUCCUGAAACCUUCAGGUCUCUGCACUUCAACCCCAACUUCGACCAAUCUCCCCAUGCCCAAAACAAGAUUGCUAAGAUGUAUCCGGUUUUUGAAGUUCUGACUACUCUUCACGUUCGGAUGACAUACCGUGCAGAAGAAGCCCUCAGUAAUCCGGUCAUCGAAUUGGCGAACCUUAUCUUGCGUGCUAAAGUACUAAAAGUUCUUGCCCUUGAUAUCGGAGAAGACAACUUUACCUGCUCGCCAUUUCAAAGGCCUAUAAAUACUAACCCAGAAUUCAACAUCCUGAAACAUCUUCUUUAUGAUGGCGCGGGUAAUCUCCGAAAUCUUCCCUGGCCUCAACUCAGAGAUUUGGCGCUGGGAACAGUCUGUACGUUAGAAGAAAUACUCUCCGAAUUUUUGAAUCUACUAGCUCCGAACUUGCGAGGUCUGUACCUUGCAGGACUGUCUUUCUUUAAGAAUGAAGGGUCUUGGAGGAGUUUUAUCUUUAAGCCACCCACAUACCUGAGUUUGGACUACGUUCGGCUUGACUAUUUGGAUACCUUAGCCGACAAUAACGACGGCUUUGAGAGAUUUUUCCCAGGCUUCGGCCACGGCGACGGCUACAACGUACUAGAAGUCAGUCAAGAAAAUAGCUUUGGUUCCGACGGUACUCAGGAUCUUCACAGUUGCCAUUGAGAAAACGUCCAGGACUACAUCCUACGCAAGGACCAUCGAGACACCCACUUUCAACCACCAAAUCUUCAUGCAACAUCACAAGUGCCCCAAACAACGAUUCUUUCCUCCGUUAGCCUGAAUCGCUGCUACUGGUCGGGGCUCCACGUCGAUGUUUCAUGCGGUGAGUGACAUGGAGGUACAGCAUAAUUGACGCGGUAUGUAUUUGAAUUAUUUGGCGUACUUUCUUCCUGUAUUCGUCGAUUAACUUCAUCUAACUAUGCUGCCUUUUUGAGGUAUUUGGAGACCCUAGUGGACUACUGGAUGGCUUCAGUUACGGCUUCAAUGACAUUGCUCUUACGGUAAGCGACUGUACAAAAGG